AUGAUUUUGAACAAACCCAAGAUGCAUUUGCUGCAAAACUUACCUGAAGCCCUGUGUACAAAACCCUUCUUGAAAAACAAUUGCCAUAAAGGGAAGAAAUUUACAAACAUAAUUACAACUUGGAAGUAAAAAAUAUAUUUAAUUUUUCAACAGAGAGACAAAUGGAGAUGCCUCAGAAUCUGCUUUACUAAAAUGCAUCGAACUACAAGUAGGAAAUGUGGCUAAAAUGCGCGAGAAUAACAAAAAGAUGGCAGAAAUUCCCUUUAACUCCACCAACAAAUACCAGGUGUCUAUUCACGAACAGGAAGGUGAUGAAGAUCCUCGUUACCUUCUGGUCAUGAAGGGGGCACCAGAGAGAAUUUUAGAUCGCUGCUCCACAAUUCUCAUCAACGGCAAAGAAGAGCCCCUUGAUGAGGCGAAGAAAGAAGCCUUUGAGAAGGCGUACUUGGAAUUGGGUGGAAUGGGAGAGCGUGUGUUGGGCUUUUGCCAUUUUUACCUGGAUGCUGAAAAAUUUCCACCCGGAUUUGAGUUUGUAGCUGAUGAGGUGAGUUCAGGUUACAAUAGGGCUAUCUUUUUUAUACCCUUUUUUUUCUUUUUCACCAGAACGCCAUUUUACCUUAAUGGGAAAACGGAACGUAUUUUCGUAAUUUUCCUCUCCCCAUACGCAAAUCGUCAAAUAUCUGCCCGUAUUAUGCGUUAAACCAUCGAAUGAGGGGUAUGCAUGUAAUGUUAGUGGGAGAUUAGAGUCCGAUUCGAUCUGAAAUCUUACUAGUUGUGAACAAAAUCAGAAGACCACGAAGUAGGAGUCCGAUUCGCUAGACUCCAAAUCUCUAAGUCGAAGAGCCUGAAUCCUUCGUGGGUCACCGUGUAGUGCUCUCUGCAAGGCCACUGAACUCACACAUUGCCUCUCUCUACUGAAGGGUAACCAAACUGUUAAGGUAACCAAACUUUAGAAGUUUCAGCUUUCAAAACUCUUUACAGAGGCUUAUCAGGUUUGCUUAUCAAGUCAGUUAAUAAAACCAAAAUAACCUUGUUAUACUCCCCCACCAACACAGCACCACAGUUUCUUUAGAAACUUACCCAAUUGUAGAGGAAAUAAGCGAACUUAGGGAGGUAAUUUCGUUUUGUAGAUCACUCACAUCUCAAAACUAGAACACAGUACCUGAGGAAACCGAACAAAGAAGCUUAUGAAAGUUUUCCAGCUGAAGAGUUUUAUAGAAUUCUUAAAAGAGAUAAUACUGUAUAUUGUUUUUUUCGCUGCUCUUAGCCUCCCAAUUUCCCUCUGGAAGACUUGUGCUUUGUUGGUCUAAUGUCUAUGAUUGAUCCACCUCGCGCCGCUGUUCCCGAUGCGGUCAGCAAAUGCCGCAGUGCAGGAAUCAAAGUCAUCAUGGUGACAGGUGAUCACCCAAUCACAGCCAAGGCCAUCGCAAGAGGCGUAGGAAUCAUAUCUGAAGGUAUAUGGAAAGCCUGAAGAUCGCGGUAGUCCUUAGUCCUCAAAAUUGGCUCGAAACGCUUGGAUUCGAGUGUUAUUAUCUUAGGAAAGAAAAUUAACAAACUUUCCUUUGAACCAUUCUACAGAAACUGAAACUGUGGAGGACAUCGCCGAGAGGCUGGGUGUCCCUGUGGCUGAUGUUAAUCCGCGAGAUGCCAAAGCCAUCGUAGUUCACGGAGGACAGCUCAAGGUAGCAAUUAGUGUUACUGUUGUUGAUUUCGUUGUUGUUGCUGUUGUGCUAAUUGAGGUCUCAAUAUGUUAUCCUGUGGAAUGUGACUCCAUUAAUAUAAAUGAGUUCAAGGUUGACGUUUAUAGAAACCCUGUGAAAAAAGGAAAAACGUAGAUAGAUCUCUAGUUCCCGGCUAAUGCAAUUUUUUCCAUUAUAGAGGCCAAACAGCUGAAAGCAGACGGCCAUAAGUUCAAUUUUUACCAUCUGCUGUUUACCGUUAGCUUGUCAGAAGGCCGUUAGUACUAGCGUAUCUCCGCCCGCGGGAAGAUUUGAGACGAGUCGCGUCGAGGUUUCCCGGAUGUCUGGCAUAAAAUCCCUCACAGACCCCUCGUCAGUUCCCAUUUGUUCAAGGUCCCAUACUUCCCCGCGGGCAAUGACGCACUCGUGUGAAAGCGCUUAGUUUUCCACCUACUUCAUUGCACGGACCAAUUUUUCAUAACCUCAUCUGUACUGCGUUUGAAAAAAAUCAUAUUUUAGCUUGAACAAAGGGUUUCAGCAUGCACGGUAUCUUGCACCUCAUCACAAGUUGUUGUGCACAUUCAGUGCUAAUCUAUAGUUCUCUUAAUUGCUGUUUCAUUUCAUAGGAUGUCUCAAGUGAACAGCUAGAUGAUAUCUUGAAGUACCACACUGAAAUUGUAUUCGCCAGGACUUCCCCGCAGCAGAAACUGAUCAUCGUAGAAGGCUGCCAGCGACAGGGGGCCAUUGUUGCUGUGACAGGAGAUGGUGUUAAUGAUUCUCCAGCUUUGAAGAAAGCUGACAUAGGUAAUUUUCUACAUGCAAAAAACUUCCAAGUUUCUGAGUACGUUAAAGUUGUAAGUUGUCACUUAAAUGACUUGCCUUACGACUGAAGAAUGUGGUCGUUGAAAUGCCGAGGAUAACGAAAAAUAGUCCAAAAUUCUGAGGAGGUGUUGUUGUGUAGUAGUUAGUCACUGUAAAGUGUACCCAAAUAAAAUGGCAUGUAGGUCGAGAAAGUGGAAAGUCAGAGUCAACAAUUUUGGGCGAGUGAAGCAAAUUUCAGAUUAUAUGGCGCUCGGACGUGACAUUUAUGAUUGCUCUGUGUUUAUCCUUAUUAAUAGAGUGUCGUGUCUAGGGUUAUAUUAUCAGCGUGAAACGGUCCCCAACCCACCCACCCACCCCUCCCCCCCCUCUCAGCUCCGUCCCUUCACUUCAGCAUUUUUGUUUAAAGCCUAACACGUUUUUUGUCUGUCCAGGUGUUGCUAUGGGUAUCGCAGGCUCAGAUGUGUCCAAACAGGCGGCUGAUAUGAUUCUGUUGGAUGACAAUUUUGCCUCCAUUGUUACUGGGGUUGAAGAAGGUGGGAUAAGCACAAGUUUGUUGAAAGUGCAAGUUUCAAAUUAGUUAUAAAUGUUCCAAAUGCUGAGAUUUGUCCUCGUUCGUGGGCAAAACACUUGACUCUAUACAUAGGAUUAUAAAAGGGUACUCUUAAAUUACUAGGAAAGCCUUAUGAAAUUCCUUGAGUACAGACUUAACCUUACUUGCCAAUAGAAUUAAAAGUAGGAAGUAGUCUGUUUAUGAUGAACUUUCAUGGACUUUCUCACCUGAAAACUGAUGAGAAAACCAUGCUGCCUUCCUUCUGAUACAACAGACGAGGUUAAUUCCUAACUGAAUAAAGUUGUGUUAUUGUAAUUACAUUAAACUUUGUGUUUUCCUUGGGUAUUUUUUGUUUUUAGAAUAGAAAAACCUUAGACCUGCGUGUUUCAUCUUUCCCUCUCCAGGUCGUUUGAUCUUUGACAACUUGAAGAAGUCCAUCGCCUACACUCUGACCAGUAACAUUCCUGAGAUCACUCCAUUCUUGAUGUUCAUCAUAAUCGGCAUUCCACAACCUCUGGGCAUUAUUACAAUUCUUUGUAUUGACUUGGGUACUGACAUGGUAAGUACAGCAGGCUCCAGCGAAUAACAUCGUAGACAUAUGUAAGAAAUCAAGCUUAAUAUGAUAUUAUGAUCAUUAUUAUUAUUAUUAUUAUUAUUAUUACUAUUAUUUUUUGUCCUUUUUAAUUCUCAGGUUCCUGCCAUUUCUUUGGCGUACGAGAAAGCAGAGAGCGAUAUCAUGAAGAGGAAGCCUCGUGAUCCCUUACAUGACAAACUUGUUAAUGAAAGGUAUGAUGUUCAGAACCACCCAAGUUAAAGGUGGUUCUAAACAUAAGAUGAAUCUUGAUAUGAUUAUAUAUCAUUGGCUGAAAAUUACCGGGUUUCUCGGUUGCAAACACGCGAAGGUGAAAAAUUAAGGUGCUUUUUAAAGGUGGCAGUGUCGUUAUGGUAACCUUUAAAAUAAAUGAUCAAAUCUUGUUGAUAAAUGGUUGGUCUUUUGUUUAAUACCAUUUUCAAGAAAAUAAAUCAAAUUGCGGAGUCACUAACCCAUAAUAGCAAAAAUGUUGAAAAUCAACUGAACUUUCUUGAGUCAUCCCAGGCAGACAACGCAAUGAGAAGUUGGAGUAUCAUCUAAUCCCCCAAAAGAUAAACUUUACAUUUUCCUCUUAGAGCAAGAGUGCUUGUUGAUAUCUAUGCACUGUUCUGUUGAACUCUCAUAAUUUUUCCUUGAACCUUUGUUGGGUAAUGCCGAGCGGAAUUUUUUCAGCACGAUUCUAAUAUCAACUCUCUCUUUCCAGGCUAAUUGCCAUGACUUAUGGACAAAUUGGUUUCAUUCAGGUAAGUGAAGUACCAAAUUCUAACAAAACGGUGUAAAUUGGUCAUUCUGCAGACCAACAUAUCUGCAGCUACGCGUCAUUUGAACCACGUCUUUAUCGAAAUAUUAAUUGUCCUUUAAUUGCGCUGUGUUCGCGAGGAAAGUACUCUCUACUAGUGCUGUUCGCUCUUUUAGAGUCUGAAAAAGUGGGUUUCAGAAAAGAACAGGUAACUUUUUUCCCCAAAGUGACUCGCUAGUACCUACACUCUUUUUCGUUUCAUGCUGGAAAGAAAUUGAAUCACAGAGGACAAGUGUGUCGUUGCAUUUUGGAAUUACUGGUUCAUCUUGCUGCAGUUCCAUCUAAAAGCAACACAGAGGAAAAUUCUUGUCCCUUUUUUAAUUUUAGUUAAUUCGUCGAGUUACUUGUCUUGGAAUAAGUAUUGAUCUGUUUAACAAGUAUUUUAUUGUCUGUAGGCUUUGGGAGGCUUCUUCACGUAUUUCGUCAUUAUGACUGAAAAUGGUUUCUUUCCAACUCGCCUGUUUGGUAUUCGAUCGGAAUGGGAAGACAGGGAUAAUAACAGCGUACCUGACAGCUAUGGACAGGAAUGGGUGAGCCAUCUCGCUUCAUCGACUCUUGUACAGUUUCUAGUUAUAGCGGAUCUCGCAGUGCGCGCAGCGAAGCCCCAUUUCUAUAGAAAAUAGUGGUAACCCUUCAAGCCGAAAACAUGUUAUAUAAUAAAGAGUUGUGUAGCUAAAACUGUUCUUUCCCAAAUAUACAGUUUCUUAUUAUUGUCUUGCAGUCUUAUGACUCAUAUGUCUCGGACUUGUCCAUCUUUAACCCUAACAAGCCAAGUUCACUAUAGAAGAUUUGAGGUUGAUGUUUGAUGUUGGGAAAAUAUGCUACAUUUGUUUCCUAUGUUUGUAGUCAACAAGGCCAUUUCGAUUUUCUAAAUCUUACGCGCACACUAUCAAUUUUAUUUUUUAGAAACUUUUCCACAUGUUUAACAUAACAGACUUAGUUUGUUUCCGAGAAUUUCUAUUGUUUUAACCAAUGAGCUCUUGGUUUCCAACAUUAUUCUUCCUGUAGACGUACAGCCAGAGGAAGAUUUUGGAGUACACAUGCCACACAGCUUUCUUUGUCAGCAUUGUAGUGGUACAGUGGGCUGAUCUGAUCAUCUGUAAAACUCGAAAGAAUUCCAUUAUUAAGCAGAAGAUGACGUAAGUGGACAUGCAUAGUGUGUUUUUUUCGUUUUUUUUUUUGUUUUUUUCCUCCAAUGUUUCUUUAACAAACGGAUAUGGAACAAUGUUAACAUAUCUAUUCGCACUCUAUCACAAUGCUUCAAUCUGAUUGGUUACGCUACUAGCCAACGAUUCCGUGAUAAAUUGUCAGUGAAGAGAGUAGCCCAACAGUCUGUGGUUUUAAACAAAAUGGAAAAAGAUAUGAGCCUUUCUUGUUUAAUUUGGAACGACUCAUGGAUUUAUCGUAAAAUGACUAUAUUAUGCACUCUCGAUUUCUACGCGUGAUGAAUCGGGCUUCGCUUUCAAAUGGGAGCAGUCCGCCGGAUUUAUUUUUUAAUCAUCAUUUAUGUCAAGUUUUAAUUUUUGUUUAUACCUUUUUGUAUCAGUAACAAAGCCCUGAACUUUGGCCUGGUCUUUGAAACUGCCCUCGCUGUACUGCUGUGCUACACUCCUGGUCUGUCUACUGGUCUGCGGAUGUACCCAUUACUGUAAGUACACUCUGUCGCAUAGAGCGCCCGUAGAUAGAGUCUCGUACAACCAACCAUGAUGACAAUAGAACAAUCACAACACUGGUUCAUACCUCAAAGAUCCAAUGUAAAAUUAGUUUUCCAGUUUACUUGAUUGUGUUCUUGAUGUGGAUGGUGCUUGUCGUCGUCAACUUUUGUGAAGAGGAGCCUAAUCCAAUUAACACAGACCGUAAUGAGCACAUUUUGGUCUCGGUUUAAAAGUUGUGUAGAGUUAAACCAAGUAGUUGAUCGUUUAGUCUGAUCGCCUGGGUCGGUGUAGUCCCGAGAAGCACUAUUGUCGGUAACACUCACUAGAGGAAGUCUUUAAGACUUAAAGCCUGGUUUUUAUAUGUCGGGAAAAUCACAGACGAUCAGCUAUUUCUUUGUUUUCCGACCGUCCCAGAUUCUUGCGGAGAGGAGUACUGUAGAAUAAGCAACAAAAGGACUGGUAGCGAGCUUAAACUAUCGCUAACGUCUCUGACAAGGAAAAUUGAAGUUUUCAUAUACCGUUAAUGAUCGCUGACCAUCGAGGAAACUAGAAAUGUUCGCUAUUUUCCCAAUUUGUCGCCGACCAUCCCGGAUAGUCGGGAAUCUCUACGAUUUCUAGUUUUUAAUUGUUGAAACGAUCUGGGACGGUCACUCGUCUGGAAUUUUUCCGACGUAUGAAAACCUGGCAUUAUGAUGACUUCUGUAAAGGUUUUCGAAACACUAGUCACUCUUCCCAGCAACAGUCUUCCCCAAAACUAGUCUCACAAGGACGAUCAAACUUAACGAUCAACUUUCACUCUUAAGUGUAAAACUAUUGACAUUUCAUUCAAAUAGUUUGCUUCUUAUAUAUUAUAUUUGUUUUCUCAUACAGGGCUCAGUGGUGGUUCCCGGCCAUUCCUUUCAGCCUUUUGAUCUUUGUGUACGAUGAAUGUCGUAGAUAUAUCAUCAGAAGACAUCCGGGAUGUAAGUAAUUUCGCUUUGGUCAAUCAAAAGAAAUUGAAAAAUAGAGAAGUAAACUUGUUUUCAAUGUUUUUUUUUUCUGGCCUGGUCUGCCCACAGUCUCCUUUCCCUCGUUAUCAGAGCGAGGUCAGGGAGGUGGUGGUGAACAAAACGCACUUCGUAGGCGCUUUACUUUGUAUUAAAAUCGAUAAGAGAUUUUUUGAUUUCUUUUCCUUUCAUCAUCAUCAUCAUUAUUAUCAUCAUCUUUUGUUUAGGAAAUUUGUCUGCAGUUAAGUCAGGCUUGGGUGUUGCGACUUGCAUUCUGAAAUCGUAGACAAAGUCUUCAAAGUAUCUUUUCUUUUUUUCAGUGAAGAGGUUUAUCCGCCCUCCCCUCCCCUCCCCUAAUCACGAUGUUGUCGUUUUGUGGAUAUAGCACUGAUUGUGUUGAUUAACAUGUGAUUGGAAUUGGAAUUGGGAAGAGUGGAGCGGGAGGAAUUGUGGUAAAAAACGGUAGUCCAGUCUUACUUCAAUCUUGCCACUUGUGGGCGAGUGUCCAAAAACCUUUUGUCUGACAUUGUUGAUCUAUGCAAAAAAAAAAACUAACCACUUGGGCCGACUUAUCUUGUUUUCUUUAGGUUGGCUGGAACAAGAAACUUACUAUUGAUGAAAACCAAAGCGUGUGUGAUGCUGUCAGUUGCGUGCAGAUGAAUUGAGAUCGAAUUGAAUCACUUUGAAAGCGGAUUGGAUCACGAAAGACUGUUAGUUAAAUGCCUCUUGCGCUUAUGAAUAAUGUUUCAGAGUGAAUUUAUCUGCCUUGAAUAUUACAAAGGCAUGUUGCAAUGAUUAUAGUACUACCAAAUGCUUGUAGCCGUUUUUAAUUUGCUAACACGAGUUUUGAAAGUUCAAGGAUUUUUCGCACUUUCCUCCCUCGUGACUGAAUGAAAUUGAAAAUAUUGAUGAGUUGAACAAUUCUUUGAAAUCGAAAGGAGGUUGUGCUUUUCGAAGGGAAAAGAUAUUUUUGACAAUCCACAUUAGUAAUUAUUUACUCCGUCCAUACAAAAUUAGUCAUUACAUACAUAAGCAAUAAAAUGAGC